UCCCUGUCGGCGUCGUGGCGUCCAUAAUAUUCCCUGUAAGCAAGCAUUGAGGGUUGGUGACCAUCCCGGAGCUUCCCACUUCCACGAGUUCUUUUGGCUUGGGUCUCUUUUAGCCGUCCGUACCUUGCAGACCGCGUCAAGCCAAAGAGGUCCCCGAGCUGAGCUUCCCUGCAGACUUGUUUCCCUACCGCCAUUUGCUCUAGGUUGCCCUGUCUCGCCUGUCUGGAGCCCCGUCACGCCGUCACUCCGUCACUCCGUUGGACGUGGUACCUAACGUCAAUCAAUCAAUCUGCGCAGACUUGCAGCCCGGAAGCCAACAGAGCCAAAGAAGUCCACUCAAAGCCGGCACCCGAUCGGUCAGGCGUCCACCCACGGCCCUCAACCCUCGCUCGCCUCGGCAAGCAUGUCAUCUCCAAAUGUCACGCCUCCGGCUCCUGAUGGCAAUUCUUUCCUGGUGCAGAUAGUGUCUCUGCUGAGCAGCGCCGCAAGCCACUUGCGCCUGCCGGUGAUAGCCUCUACUGGAGUCGCCGCCAUCCUCACUGGGCUGCUCUACUUCAAGCAAAAAGCUCUAAUCUAUCCCUCUCACAUGCCCCCCGGCUCUCGAACGGACAUACCUCGACCCAGCUUCUACCGCAUCAAAGACUACGAAGAACUUAUUAUCCCGACCAAAGAUGGCGAGAAGCUGUCUGCCUUUUACAUUCGGGGCCCCAAGGGCGGGUCCAACUCUAAGGUGACCGUGAUCAUGUUUCACGGAAACGCUGGUAAUAUUGGCCACCGUCUACCCAUCGCACGCAUGUUGCUCCAAGCUGCGGGCUGCAACAUCUUUAUGCUCGAAUACCGUGGCUACGGAAUCUCCACCGGCCACCCUGACGAAUCUGGGCUCAACAUUGACGCCCAAACCGCCCUCGACUAUCUCCGCGAUCGUGCCGAGACGCGGGACCACAAGUAUGUCGUCUACGGCCAGAGUCUUGGUGGGGCAGUUAGUGUUAAGCUCGUGUCCAAGAACCAAGGCAAGGGCGACAUUGUCGGCUUGAUUCUGGAAAAUACCUUUCUCAGCAUGCGCAAGCUGAUACCCAGCAUCAUCCCUCCUGCUCGGUACCUUGCAUCCCUAUGCCAUCAGGUCUGGGCUACCGACACCUUGAUCGGCAAUGUCAAGGUACCUACUUUGUUUUUGAGUGGACUCCAGGACGAGAUUGUGCCACCCACUCAUAUGAAGCAGCUUUAUCAUCUCUCCAACGCCCCGAUCAAGAUCUGGAAGCCUCUUCCCAACGGCGACCACAACUCGAGUGUCCUCGAAGAGGGCUACUUUGAGGCCAUUGCAGAAUUCAUCCAAAGGGUUUCCUCAGGAGACUCCGAAAAGAAAUAGCUUGAUUCGACAACGAAAUCCGCGCCGUCGCUCUUUCCUCGUUCCAUGCGGUAAUUGGGUCUUUCUGUUGAAGGGGAGGCAUAUGAUGUGCCAACGAUCUUGAUGACGCGAAAGCGUCCAUGAUCACGAGCUGUUGGGGGACAGCGAAGCACAAGUACGACAACCACGACCUUGGUGGCUUGAUGCUUGAAGAUGGGUCGGAACUUGAGGCUUCCAUUGAGGUGUCAUAUUUUCUCUUUCGCACCUCAUGUAUGUAUUUCAUGACCCUUUGGGCAUAUGUCGAGGCUGCUCGGGUCUUGAUUAAGACCCAAACGGGACGAGGCUCGAUGAUUCUAUCAAGGAAGAGAAGUUUUCGGAGAAUAAAUACCAAAUAUUAAUAUAGGACAAGGAAUAAUUCAAUUUCAUAUUUCAACA